CCCUCCUUUCGCUGCUCCUUCGCAUUUCGAGUGCUGGAUCUUUUUGUCCCUUACUGAGUGCCGUGUCAGUUUCCGUGCGGAAGCUGUGGCCGUGAGAGAAGAUGGCGGCCACUGUGGUGGCGCCGCCUGAUGCGUUGGCCGGUCGGGUCAACAAGCGCGGCGGCGGCGGACCGGGAGGCGGUGGCGGCAGCGGCAGCGGUGGGGCAGCCAGAGGGGCGGAGGAGGAACCGCCGCCUCCCCUACAAGCAGUUCUGGUGGCCGACAGCUUCAACCGCCGCUUCUUCCCCAUCUCCAAGGACCAGCCUCGGGUCCUCUUGCCCCUGGCCAAUGUGGCACUAAUUGACUACACUCUGGAAUUUCUGACUGCCACAGGCGUACAGGAAACCUUUGUCUUUUGUUGCUGGAAAGCUGCUCAAAUCAAGGAACAUUUACUGAAAUCCAAGUGGUGCCGCCCAACAUCUCUCAAUGUGGUUCGAAUAAUUACAUCAGAGCUGUAUAGAUCACUGGGGGAUGUUCUCCGUGAUGUUGAUGCUAAGGCCUUGGUGCGCUCUGACUUCCUGCUGGUGUAUGGGGAUGUCAUCUCAAACAUCAAUAUUACCAGAGCCCUGGAGGAACACAGGUUAAGGCGGAAGCUAGAAAAAAAUGUAUCUGUGAUGACGAUGAUCUUCAAGGAGUCAUCCCCCAGCCACCCAACUCGUUGUCAUGAGGACAACGUGGUAGUGGCUGUGGAUAGUGCCACAAAUCAGGUGCUCCAUUUCCAGAAGACCCAAGGCCUCCGACGUUUUUCUUUCCCUCUGAGCUUGUUCCAGGGCAGUGGAGAUGGAGUGGAGAUUCGCUAUGAUUUACUUGAUUGUCAUAUCAGCAUCUGCUCUCCUCAGGUUGCUCAACUAUUUACAGACAACUUCGACUACCAAACACGAGAUGACUUUGUGCGAGGCCUGUUAGUAAAUGAGGAGAUCUUAGGAAACCAGAUCCACAUGCAUGUGACAACUAAGGAAUAUGGUGCCCGGGUCUCCAACCUACACAUGUAUGCUGCUGUCUGUGCGGAUGUCAUCCGCCGAUGGGUCUACCCUCUCACCCCAGAGGCUAACUUCACUGACAGCACAGCCCAGAGCUGCACUCACUCCCGACAUAACAUCUACCGAGGGCCUGAGGUCAGCCUGGGCCAUGGCAGCAUCCUGGAGGAAAAUGUGCUCUUAGGCUCUGGCACGGUCAUUGGUAGCAAUUGCUCCAUCACUAACAGUGUCAUUGGCCCUGGCUGUCACAUUGGUGAUAAUGUGGUGCUGGACCAGGCCUUCCUGUGGCAGGGUGUCCGAGUGGCUGAUAGAGCACAGAUUCAUCAGUCUCUGCUCUGUGACAAUGCUGAGGUCAAGGAAAAUGUUACACUGAAGCCUCGCUGUGUCCUCACUUCCCAGGUGGUAGUAGGCCCAGAUAUCACACUGCCUGAGGGCUCGGUGAUCUCUUUGCACCCUCCAGAUGCAGAGGAUGAUGAGGAUGAUGGUCAGUUCAGUGAUGAUUCUGGGGCUGACCAAGAAAAGGAGAAAAUGAAGCUGAAAGGUUACAAUCCAGCAGAAGUCGGAGUUGCAGGCCAGGGCUACCUCUGGAAAGCUGCAGACAUGAACAUGGAGGAAGAGGAGGAACUACGGCAGAAUCUAUGGGGACUCAAAAUCAACAUGGAAGAGGAGAGUGAAACUGAAAGUGAGCGAAGUAUGGAUUCUGAAGAACUAGACAGCCGGGCAGGCUCCCCACAGAUGGAUGACAUCAAAGUGUUUCAGAAUGAAGUCCUGGGAACACUACAGCGGGGCAAGGAGGAGAACAUUUCUUGUGACAAUCUAGUCCUAGAGAUAAACUCUCUCAAGUAUGCUUACAACAUAAGCCUGAAGGAAGUGAUGCAAGUACUGAGCCAUGUGGUCCUGGAGUUCCCACUGCAACAGAUGGAUUCCCCGCUAGACCCAAACCGCUAUUGCGCCCUGUUGAUUCCUUUGGUCAAGGCCUGGAGCCCUGUCUUUAGGAACUACAUAAAGCGUGCUGCUGAUCAUUUGGAAUCUUUGGCAGCCAUUGAGGACUUCUUUUUGGAGCAUGAAGCUCUUAGCACUUCCAUGGCCAAGGUACUGAUGGCUUUCUACCAACUGGAGAUCCUGGCUGAGGAAACAAUUCUGAGCUGGUUCAGCCAAAGGGAGGUAACUGACAAAGGCCAGCAGUUGCGCAAGAACCAGCAGCUGCAGAGGUUCAUCCAGUGGCUAAAAGAGGCAGAAGAGGAGUCAUCUGAAGAUGACUGAAGUCACACUGCCUGCUCCUGUGGGUGUUGUUGAUUACCUUCAAGGUUUCUGGGCCAGGACAAGUGAGAGACUAGUUCAAAAGGAUGAGUGACCACCAUCUGAACUGAGGCUGGAGCAGAGGCUGGAACUACAGUAUUCUUCCCACCAUCAGCAACCAUGUGCCUCCCAUCCUGACUGGGGAGUCGGGGUGAGGGAAGUUGGGCUGGAUAACAGCUCUGCCUGAGGAGGAGCUAAGCAAGCCCUGCGGUUAGGGGAAGGCCAGAGGAACAGAUUUGUGCUCUGGUUUCCCCUCAGGGAAUAGCAGAGAACAGUUGGCCCUCUCUGCUGCUUGUAUUUGUUAAUAUUAAAAAAACAGAGAGAGGGGUAUAUUUGGUUUCUCUCCAACUCUGACUGAUCGGCACAUUGAUGUGACCAAAGAGUUCUCAACCUCUGAUGUGGUAGCCUUUCCUUAACCACCUGGUGGAGAGGGAGAAGAGGGGUGUUGUGGCCACUAGAUGGUACUGUGGUGCCUCGCUGGUUGACUAUUGCCAUGGUCAUGAUAGUGGAAGGGCUAGAUUCUUUUCCGGCCUUUGUGGACCAAUUUGUGGUCCUGGAGUGGUGUGCCCGAACCAGGUUCCAUAGAGAGUCCUAGUCCAAACACUUUUCUUCAGAGGGUGAUGAUACCAACCAUAUGUAAAGUCCAUUAACCACCUGCCAGUCCAUCAUAUGCUUUGUCCAGUUGAUCCAGUACCACUGUCAGGGAAACAGGGCUACUCUUCAUCUUCAAAAUAAGGGAAUUUGCUCAAGAUCUCAUGACUCUUGGGGGAUAAAGCUAAGGACUUGAGCCUCAUCCAGAAUUCUUUUUCCUUCACCAUUUUCAGUGUCUCAGUGAAGGGAAAUUCCCCCCAGAUGCAAAUACAACCUCAGGCCACCAAUGGAUAUUCUUAAGAACAGAGGAAUCUGAAAUAGGCAGUCCCCUAAUAUGUGUUAUUUUAGUUAAUCUUCACAUCAGCCCUAUGAAGUAGGUCUUAUCCCCAUUUUCUGAUGAGUCUAAAGUUCAUAGAGGUCCCAUAAGUAGUAAUUGAUAGAGCAAGGAUUUGUUAUUAGACUCUAGAGCUGGAGUUUCUCAGGUUCCAAUAUUGUCUGCUUUAACUUGGACCGUGAGACAUGCCCUUCUGUUUUAUCUUGUUCAGUUCUUUGUUGCUUUCCUAUAAUCCUGACUCUGUUAACACUUAACUCUGGCAGAUAUCUCUAGUAACAAGUGGCCCUCUUGGAUAUCAGAUAAAAUGGUUGCCUUUCUUCAUUUCAAUUGGGUAGAAAGGAGUAAGGUGAGGAAGGGGAUACCGAACUGUGUUCAGGAGUGUGAAGGGGCAUUACUCAGUGUUUCUGAAGAGGGGAAAACAGGGUGGUUAGGAUUUGGCUUAAUUUAUUUUCUUAUUCAGUAAAUCUCAGUUUCUUCUUUGUCAAAUACAGGACCUAGUGACUAGAGAGCAUGAGAAGGUUACAAAUGGACCUCAUGGGGCAGUUAAGUACGAAUAACUGUAAAUACCUCUAAUUUAUACCUAGUGGGUGGCAGAGAUCAGAAGUGGCCUGUAGAACUUUUUAGAAGGAAGAUAUUCCUUCUAGUUUGGGUGCUUAGGGAGAAGGCUUAUAGGAUUGUGACACCUGAGUGGCAAAAAAAAAAAAAAGUAGAAGGGAACAUUAUAAGCAAAGCAAAGGGUUUCCACUUGAGUAUGGCAGAUUGAACACAUGGGCUUUUACUCCCUCCAAAACCCCUUUCAAACGUCAACAGAGGAAUUCUUCGAAAAAGGCAUGCGACUCUAUGACAAGGAAAACAAGGUGACAGCAAUGAAUGAGAGACAUCAAUAUUUGGGAAAAAAAAGUAAAUGGAAAGGUGGAAGUUGAGCUAGCAGAGCAGAAUGAGAUGGGCUCUACCUGCUGAGGGGUGGUUGUUAACAAGAGGCAAAUCAGUGUGCCCUUCUAAACCUAGAAGAGGCUCAGGAGGAGGAUACAGAUUGGGGCUGAGAACUGGGGCUGGGGGGGAGGGGAAUCAGAGAUGUGUAUAAGAAAAAGCCCCCCAGGUCCGUCCUUUAUCUGAUUCAACCAAGUGAUUACCCCCACUUCUCUGUGAGAAAUGGGAACUUUAGUCUCUGGAGAAGUGGUGGGGAGGCAAUUUUCAAAGAACUACUUAUAAAGGUUUCCUAAAUCCAAAGGUCAUGAGUUUCUAGACUGAUGAGAGUCAGUGAGUGCCCAGCGUAGUCAACAAAAAUAGCACCCUGAAAUCGCAGAACCUCAGGGAAAGUAUAAACCUUUAGAACCUCUGGAUUUAAUAGGAGACAUGGUGGGGAUGAGAGUGAGGAGCUAGAUUGAAAAUGAGAGAUAAAGUGAAAGUAUGAGUAGCGGGGCUCUGAAGGUGAGCACAAUUGACAUAGCCCCUAGGCUAAAACAAUUACAAAAGGCCCACAAAUACACAUUUUUGUUUCAAGAAAAAAAGAAAUCCAUCUUUCCCCCACUCAUCACCCUACAGUGAAGCUGGUUAUUUAAUAAACCCUAUACAUCAUG